GAUAUGAUCAUAACCGGGCUCGAUACAUCAGAUUACAUAAAGGAGAUUCGUAGUAUCGAUCCAAACUUACGAACGAUAAAACAAAUGAUAAAUAGUCAAGACCCAAGGGUAGUGGAACUUGUGAAGAAACACAAGAGCCUUGAGAUGUUGUUCAUGAAUCAUACACAAUCUGAAUAUAUAUUGCGAUUACGAUUGAACUGCCGUAUUAUGGUCAUUCAGAAUUACUCAGAAUCAGUUGUCAAUGGAUCAUCAGGGGUGUUCAUUGGAUGGUCGACCAAGAUCCAAUCACAGAAGGAGAAAGGGGAUCAUGUGAUAAGAGUAAAAAGAGAAUGCAAAUAUCGUAAUCUUGAUAUAGAUAACGGAGAAAGGUAUUUUGACCACGAUAUGAUCAUUCGACUCGAUGAUACCGAGGCAGAAGUUAUGAUCGGUGUUUGUGAAAUGACCGAGGAGGAUGAUAAUGAGAAGAAAUACAUACGAAAACAAUUUCCA